GGUUUUGUUUUUUUUUUUUUGACAAGAUACCGGGUUACAGAGGGUAUUUCUCCAAUUACCUUUCAGCUCUCUUAAUCCCAUGCAAAUGAAGUAACACCACAAAUGAAUUGGAGAUGAUAAGCCUGAUAUUGGUUUUCUUAUUUGGAUCGAGAGCCUCUACAAUAAAAACAGUCUAAAUGCGAUAGAUUCCGCUCUCCUGAGUCUAUUUUCGUCCCCCAAAUCUACGACAUCAGCAUUGAUAGCCUAAUCCUAGCUACUUGUCAUAAGUUUCAAUUUUUCCCCUUAGAGCCCAGUCCCAAUGGCAGAUAAACGGCACCAGCAUAUCCUGCAUAGUCUCUCCGACCUCCAAUGUGGGUCGUGCCUUGCCCAUCUCUCUAUUUGAAUCUCGGCGCUUAAAAGUAAAGUGGUGGCAAGAAGUUGUACCCCCACCCCCAUACCCCAUCGCCAUGUCCACCUUAGAAGAACUCGUGCUCGAGCAAGAACAAGAAAUAGACCAAGAAAUCUUACAGUCCGCAACCAAUGACAUCGUAAACCGAAGCAAAUUGUUGGAGAACGAGAUCAAGGUGAUGCGGUCGGAGUACCAAAGAUUGAACCACGAGAAGGUGACCAUGAACGAAAAAAUCAAAGACAACAGGGAGAAGAUCGAUAAUAACAAGCAGUUGCCAUACCUUGUGGGCAACAUUGUCGAGUUGCUCGACCUAGAGACGGAGAAGGAGGCGACGGAGCAGGGCGCCAAUAUCGACCUUGACGCCACAAGAAGCGGCAAAUCGGCCGUCAUCAAGACAUCCACCAGACAAACCGUGUUUUUACCGCUCAUUGGGUUGGUCGAACCCGAAAGCUUGAAGCCAGGCGACUUGAUCGGCGUCAAUAAAGACUCCUACCUUGUGUUGGACACGCUUCCGUCCGAGUACGACUCCAGAGUUAAGGCCAUGGAAGUGGAUGAAAAACCUACCGAGACGUAUUCUGACAUUGGUGGGUUGGACAAACAGAUUGAGGAGUUAAUCGAGGCGGUAGUUCUCCCAAUGACUCAGUCUGAGAAGUUCAAGAACUUGGGGAUUAAGGCGCCUAAGGGGGCCUUGAUGUACGGCCCACCGGGUACGGGAAAGACGUUGUUGGCGCGUGCAUGUGCCGCGCAGUCUAAUGCAACGUUCUUGAAGUUGGCAGCGCCUCAGUUGGUACAGAUGUUUAUUGGUGACGGUGCGAAGUUGGUGCGCGAUGCAUUUGCUUUGGCAAAGGAAAAGGCGCCGACCAUCAUCUUUAUCGAUGAAUUAGAUGCUAUUGGGACCAAGCGUUUUGAUUCGGAAAAGAGCGGUGACAGAGAGGUCCAGAGAACCAUGUUAGAGUUGUUAAACCAAUUGGACGGGUUCGGCUCCGACGACCGUGUCAAAGUGUUGGCCGCAACCAACCGUGUGGACGUGUUGGAUCCAGCGUUGUUAAGAUCCGGGCGUUUGGAUAGAAAGAUCGAGUUCCCCUUGCCCACCGAGGAGUCCAGAGAGUCGAUUUUGAAGAUCCACUCCAGAAAGUUGACCUGCGACAAUUCAAUCAACUGGAAGGAAUUAUCCAGGUCCACGGACGAGUUUAACGGUGCGCAGUUGAAGGCCGUCACCGUUGAAGCCGGAAUGAUCGCCUUGAGAAAUGGUAAGAGCAUCAUCAAGCAUGAGGAUUUUGUCGAGGCCAUCAGCGAGGUUCAAGCCAGAAAGUCCAAGUCGGUCAGUUUCUACGCCUAAAGAAGCGGUGGGAACUGAGAGAAGGUCUCCUUUAGAUAUUGUAUAAUAUACCAUAAUAGUGAGUAUCACA